AUGGCUCCGCGUGGCUCGACUAAUCCUGCUCCCAGGACCGAGUCUGCGCGGUCUGCGCUCAGCGCUUUCAGCUGCACCCUAUGCAAUAAAUCCUACUCACGACAUCCGGAGUACGAAGCGCAUAUCGGCUCAUACGAUCAUCAGCACAGAAAGCGGUUUCAGGAUCUCAAACAGCUAUCGCGCGAUCCAAACGCCGCCGAGAAGAACCGUCGAGCAGAACGUAAAGCUAAUGCGGAUGCUGGUCUCAAGACCAUCGAGGUUGCUGGAGGCAGUACGGCGCCAAGCGCUGGAAAGUCGGGCUUCAAGAAGGGAGGCUUCAAAAGCUCGUUUGCUGCUGUCAAGGCCCCAGGAGUCCAGAAGGCUCCGGUCAAGAGGAAGAAUGUUUUAGGAGACGACGAGGAUGAUGUCGAUCCAACCCCUCCACCGGAGACCGCAUCCGAGGUCGGUAAAACACAAAAGAAUGAAGAGGACGUGGAAAGCGACACCGAUGGAGAGUAUGGUUCAGAAGGAUAUUAUGAUCCUCGUCGGCCAACAGAUUGUUUUCCCGAGUGUGCUGCUCAACGUGCGCAAGUUGCUACUUGA